AUGGGUGGAAGAGCAUUCAAGGAAGUUUUGGAUGAUUGUCUUGCUCUAGCUGGUGGUUUUAACUAUAGCGAUUACAUUCCUCUCUUGGGUUGCCUUGAUUUCCAAGGCAAUAGACGAAGACAAGCCAAGCUUACUGGGAUUUUUCAUCUGUUUGUGGAGAAAAUUGUGGAUGAACACUUUGGAAAAAGGAAAGAAUGCAGGGAUCUGGAGUGUGAGGACUUUGACUUAUUAAGUGCAGCCACAGAUACUUCAGGAGGCACAUUAGAAUGGGCAAUGUCAGAGUUACUUAGAGAUUCAUCAUCAAUGAUGAGUGUCCAACAUGAGAUUGAUUCUACAGUUGGAUUCAAUCGUAUGGUAGAAGAAUCUGAUCUACCUCGUCUUCAAUAUUUACAAGCAAUAGUGAAAGAGACAUUAAGACUUCACCCACCUGCUCCAUUGCUCAUUCCACAUCUGUCUAUGGAACAAUCAACAAUAGAAGGAUAUCAAAUACCAAAAAUGACACAAGUUCUUGUGAAUGCUUGGGCUAUUGCAAGAGAUCCAAUUUCUUGGGAGGAAGCCAAUACAUUCAAGCCAGAAAGAUUUAUAGGAACCCCAAUUGAUGUGAAAGGUCAAAAAACCCCAAUUGAUGUGAAAGGUCAAAAUUUUGAACUCAUACCUUUUGGUUCAGGAAGGAGAGGGUGCCCUGGAAUUAACUUGGAUUUGUCCAUAGUUCAUCUUGGCCUUGCACAACUAUUACAUUGCUUCAAUUGGAGUCUUCCUAAAGGGACAACUUUUGAAAAUUUGGAUAUGUCAGAAGUAUAUGGUCUUACCAUGCCAAGAGCAAUGCAUCUUCAUACCAUUCCAAUUCCCCGCCUUCCAUUGCGACUCUAUGAACAAAAAGCCUAA